UUUUGCGAACCAGUUGAAGGCUGUAGCCCUGAAGCAUUGAAAUCACAUCCUUGCGCAAAAAUUCCCGUGACGUUGAUCUAAUCCUUUUGCACUCAGCCACAAUGAUGACCAAUCCAAGAUCUUCACCGCGAAACUCUCCACUGGCUUUUCUUAUUCUUUUCCUUACAUUAUCCACUUUCUAUUGUUCUUCGCAAGUACUCGCCAAGUCUCGUCGUCCAAUCACUGAGGCUGAAACUAGGCAGAAGAAGCUUCAGUGCUACGCUGAUAUUGACAGCGGUCUGUGGGGUUGGCAAUGCAAAUCUUCGAUGAUAUCCAGGGAAAAUUGUGCUUUACGAUGCCUUUCUCCAGCUUGUUAUGAGCUGAUCUAUGAGAGUGAUCCGCUUGAAGAAGGAGAGAAGGAUUUAACUCGUAGCCAGGAGUUCAAAUACUGCAUGCACAAAUUUUAAUUCAAGUAUCAUGCAAGGCUGUAGGAUGCUUUGGAAGAAAUGCUUCUUGUGCUACCUACUUGAUCGUAAGGAAAUUCCAGUCGACAGAAUGGAAACCAUAAUUCAAGUUGCAUGUCAAUUGAAAGAUUGGACAAAUGUUAUUAUGAAGGAUGAGAGAUUUUGUAGUUCUAAUUUUUGAAGUCAUCUAUGAUGAUCUCACUGUUUGAUCUCACAGUCCUAAGUUGGUUUGAGGAUCUCUUAUGAAUUCUGAUUGAUAGAGGCCUACAAUGAAUUUUAACAAUUUAGUCAUUCUGGAGAUAUGGUUAUGGCCAAUCAGUACGCCUUUGGGGCUCCCAUUAUGGUGCCAAAUACUUGAAACGGCAGAACUUUUGGUGAGUGUGGUUGGAGAAAUAAAGGAAGUGAAGUAAAACAUAAGGGGAGAGAAUGGGAAACAGAAAUCAUACUCUGGUUAUCAGAUUUUAUCAAAUACAAGAACUUAAUUGACAGAGAGUUUAUUGGUGGCAAAGUGGCUGUACUCAGAAUGUGGGGCAAAUGAAGACACCUGGCAGCCAGUGAAUGCAUGACUGAAAUAAGAAUUUGAUGAUGUAGUAAGAACAUGUGUGACAGUUGUAAACCAUAUAUUUAGCAUGGAGGAAGAUCAAUUAGAAACACAUUACAUGCAAAUAUAUAUUGUGAAGUUAGGAAUAAUUGAUGGUUACUUGAAAUGUGACCUAGUUAACCAUGACUGAAUAUGCAGUGCGAUGACAUGAGUGGCAACGCAUAGCUUAGUUCAGAUAUAAUUCAUUUAUUUCCAUUUAAAUGUUGUGAUGCAUAACCUGGAACUUUAGUCUUAAGUCUGUUUAUUUUAGAUGUUCUUGUUAUGGGUAGUAGGUAAUUUGAGCAAAAUCUGAUGGACGAGCUUGAAUAAGCCCGAAAAAUCUUUAGGUGGGCUUGGCCUGAAUACCCAAAUUUUAUUUUCUUUUUUUAAAUUAAAUAAAUUAAAUGAACCUUCACUUCACACUCGCAAAUUCUCUACUAGACUCAGUUGGCAUACUUUGCACUCCUAAAUGAAGUUACAAUGUUCCAAUAAUUGUUUGUUUUUAAUCUUUUCUGCAAAUGUUAAGAAAAACUAAACACGAGAAGUUACUUCAUAUGCUUCCAUUUUUACUCUUUCAAUACUUGGUCUCAUAUUAGCAAGGGUAGAGAAAAAAGUGUUGUAAUGUUACUGUUGCCAGAAAAAUCUGAAUUUUUUGUGGUAAAAAUUGAAAUUGGUUCAAAAAAGAAAAAAGGAAAAAUAAAAUAAAAAGUUUUAACAAUUCAAGUAUUCGAGUUGACCCGAAUAAGCCCAAAAGCUUGAGGCGUUAAGGUCGAGCUUGGCUAUAUGAAUUUUUUUUAUAUAUUUUGGUAUUUUAAAUCUGGUUUGAAUAAGCUCACUUCACUUGAAUUACGGGCUUUAAUGGGUAGUCUGCCCAUUUUGGCAAGAUGCAUCUUACACGUUUUUUUAAUGUUUGAAUCUCUUUAUGUGGAAUACUGGAAUCCCUGAAUGUCUUUUUGACAAUGUGGAUUGACUUAAUUAUUUGGAACCUAGUCUGCUUGUUAGUGUGAUAGGGUAAUGCAUGGUUUUUAAGUAAUGGAUGGAGAUACAAUAGAAGACCAUUUUAGUUCUCCAAAAGUAACCUUGCCAUCAAUUGGCUCUUUCAGGGGUCUUUUGUAUCGAUAUGUUACUCGAAUGCUAAUUUUGUUUCUAUCCUCAAAAGAUUGUGCGGUAUCCUUUGAGAACCUCUGAAAUGUUGAACAUGGAACUAAGUCUAACUUGAGGUUUAAAAUGAUAAAAAAAUCUACGCAAGAGUUAAGAAUGCUGAGGAGGACAUGUUUGGAUCAUCGGUUUCACCAAAAUAUAAUUCUCUAUUUGGUGGCCCAUUCAUUGUUGAGUAUUGCCUCUAGUUGAAAGAUUUUGUUUAAAUUUCAUUUACCGUGUAAUGUAAAGUACUCUUGUUCGUUGAAUUGGACGACCACAGUGACUGUUCCAUUGAAGCUAGAAAUAUUAAAUUGUUGAUUCUUUAAGUUAUGACUAGUAAUUAAUUCACUUUCUAUGGAUAAAAGAAAGAGAAACUAGCUCAUUUUUGACACUGUUGGUCUUUUGUUUUAUGUAGAAUUCCUUUGACUUUCCUUUAAUAAUACAAUAAGCAACCCUUGAUGAGAAUCUACUGAAUUCUCACUUGUAUCGUCAAUUUGACUUCUCUAUUGCAUUUGUUGGACGAGGACAACGUUUGAUCUCCCCCCCCCCCCCCAAAAAAAAAAAUGUUUUUAGAUUAUUUGUCUGAUGAAAUUAGAAGACUGUUUCUGUUCUUCAUUUAUUCUUUUCAAAAUAAAAUAAAAUAACUUUUUUAUAUCUAGACUACAAUUGGCUUCUCUGAACAGAUCUGCUCGUGUUGGAGCAGUAAAGAAGCCAAAUAAUCAUAAUUUGUGCGUUAUAUAUGGGAUCCUAAAUGUAUUAUGAAUUAUAGUUCUAACAGGUCCCUUUACCCUUCAACUAUCCAUACUACCUGCAAAUGAAUGACCACAGAUGCUGACGUCCUUUCCUGUUAAAUCAGAAAUUAGAAUAGUGCUGAACUCUUAUCAUAACUCGACAAUGAAAAUUUUAGACUUCCUUCUUACAAAAUGUUGAUCGGGAUGGUUGUGUUUAUCUACUUUAUAUUGCUUUUCUUGUUCAAGCUUUUAUUUGUUUCAUUGGAAAACAUAAAUAUUGGUACUUAUAGUUGUAACAUGUUUUGACAUAGGUCUCUAUAGUUUUUUCCCCCCGUUUCAGGUCCCUCUAUUUUUUGAUAUUCCCAAAAGAAUGAUUAGGUGGUACUAAGGAUGUUAAAUAUGCUCACUUGUAACUAGCAUUAUUAAUCUUUGUACUAAGGUGGAAUUAUGAUUUAAUUUAUUGAAACUUGAAACAUGAAACAGAACAGAGUGGUUAAUUUGCUGAAUCAUAAUUACAUCUCAGCAUAGAUUAAUGACGUUAGUCAUAGUUCAACAUAUUUAACACCAUUGGUGCUAUCUUAUCGUCCUUAUAUGUAUAUUAAAAAAUAGAGGGAUGAAUGUUGCAACUAGGAUAAAUUAGAGGGACUUGGAGCAAUGAAAGAAAACUAUAAGGACUUAUACCAAAAUAUGUUAAAAUUAUAGGGACUAGUAGUAAUGUUUUCUUUUGUUUCUUUGUUUACAUAAAAUAAAGAGUAGUAAGGAUAUAUGACGUUUUUACCCUGAGCAUUGUAUUUUUCGUCUCC